UCCUCUUCCGAACCCCAAACCCAAACCAUGACGAAGAGAACCAAGAAGGCUGGCAUUGUCGGGAAGUAUGGAACCCGAUAUGGUGCUAGUCUGAGAAAGCAGAUUAAGAAGAUGGAGGUCAGUCAGCACAGCAAGUACUUCUGUGAAUUUUGUGGCAAGUACGCGGUGAAGAGAAAGGCUGUUGGAAUCUGGGGUUGCAAAGACUGCGGCAAAGUGAAAGCUGGUGGUGCCUACACACUCAAUACUGCGGCUGCCGUGACAGUCAGGAGCACCAUCCGAAGGCUCAGGGAGCAGACUGAAAGUUAGAGAUGAUGGAGUAUUAUGUCUUUACUUCUGCUAUAUGCAGACCUGGUUAACCGUCUUUUGUUUUGAUGAUCUAUUUACUUGUAUGCUUUGACUAAGCAGAGUAGUGGGUUUUCACUUUUACUGGCAUCAGAAAAUCAAAUUUCUUAAUGGAGGUGGUUCGGUUUUUGAACUCCA